UCCUUUUCCAGCAGCGCCUGCGAUCAUGGCGGACGUGGUUGCGGAGCAGGUAGCGGAGCAGAAGGCAGCAGUCCCGGACCGGGAGCUGAACGGAGAGGCGGAGGACAGAGAGGAGGCAGACCCUGUGGAGGAGACGGCCAAGAAGAAGAAGAAAAAGAAGAAGAAGAACAAGUCCGCAACGACAGGCACUGAGGCAGAGGCUGACGGAGUGGCUGAUGUGACCAAACAGCUGGAGAAGCAGGCGAUUGAGGACAAAGAGAAAGAGGAGGAUGGCGAGGAAGAUGGAGAUGACGGAGAAAACUCGGCAGGGAAAAAGAAGAAGAAGAAAAAGAAGAAGAAAGGACCCAAAUCUCAGACCGAUCCUCCAUCGGUGCCAAUCUGCGAGUUGCAUCCAGGUGGAGUGUUCCCCAUCGGACAGGAGUGUGAAUACCCCACCUUACAGGAUGGUCGCAGUGCAGCUUGGCGUACGACCAGCGAGGAGAAGCGUGUGAUGGAUAAAGCCAACGAGGAGGUGUGGAAUGACUUCAGACAGGCUGCCGAGGCCCACAGACAGGUCCGCCAGCACGUCCGCGGCUUCAUGAAGCCCGGCAUGACCAUGAUUGAAAUCUGUGAGCGGUUGGAGGACUGCUCUCGUAAGCUGAUAAAAGAGGACCGGCUGAACGCGGGCCUGGCCUUCCCCACCGGCUGCUCCCUGAACCAUUGUGCUGCCCACUACACUCCCAACGCCGGAGACACCACCGUCCUGCAGUACGACGACGUCUGCAAGAUCGACUUCGGCACGCACAUCAACGGGCGAAUCAUUGACUGUGCCUUCACUGUCACAUUUAAUCCAAAGUACGACAAGCUGCUGGAGGCUGUGAGAGACGCCACCAACACUGGAAUCAAAAACGCCGGCAUCGACGUGCGUCUGUGUGAUGUUGGAGAGGCGAUUCAGGAAGUGAUGGAGUCCUACGAGGUCGAGCUGGACGGCAAAACAUACCAAGUGAAGCCAAUCCGAAACCUGAACGGUCAUUCAAUCGGUCAGUACAGAAUACACGCUGGCAAGACUGUUCCCAUCGUUAAAGGAGGAGAAGCAACGAGAAUGGAGGAGGGAGAAGUUUAUGCGAUCGAGACGUUUGGUAGCACAGGUAAAGGAAUGGUCCACGACGACAUGGAGUGCUCUCACUACAUGAAGAACUUUGACGUCGGCCACGUCCCCAUCAGGCUGCCCCGAGCGAAGCACCUUCUGAACGUCAUCAACGAGAACUUCGGCACGUUGGCGUUCUGCCGGCGCUGGCUGGACCGCCUGGGCGAGAGCAAGUACCUGAUGGCGCUGAAGAACCUGUGCGACCUGGGCAUCGUGGACCCCUACCCUCCACUCUGCGACACCAAGGGCUGCUACACCGCUCAGUUUGAGCACACCAUCCUGCUCAGGCCCACCUGCAAGGAGGUGGUGAGCCGGGGAGACGACUACUGACACCCCCAACCCCCCCAACGACACCACACACACACACACACACACACAACCCCGUCAGCUCCACCACACAGCACCUCCAGACCCCGUUAGAAACAAGAGAAGAGCUUCUACAAACAAGACGUUGUCGUCUCAGAGCAGCCAAAGGACGGCGAGGGAUUUGAGGGAUGCCAAAUGCUACUGUAUUCUACCCACAAUGCACCACUCACAGCUUGCAAGGAAGAAGGACCGGCUUUCUGAGUUUCCACUCAUCAACCACAGCUAAAGAACCCAUCAUGUUUCUGUCGGAGGAAGCUACGUAGUUUCCCGCGGACCUCAUUUUACAAAAAAAACAGUGUAUUUAAGCUGCUGCUGAAUCUAGUGCACCCCCAGUAUUCAAAGAGCCGGCGAGCGUGGGACACGCCUCCCUUUCAUUUUCAAAGUUUUCUAUGGCUCCACUCUGAGCCUGCAGUGCUUUAGUGCUCGAGUUAAAUUAAGCACAAACGCUACUGACGGGUUUAAGAAGUGGUUAGGCCGAUGCAUGGCCGAGAAAUCUCUGCAAACAGACAACUUCCUUUCUCAUUUAAAGCUCGGGUGUCGCAGUAAUAAAUCUUUAUUCCGACGCCGUGCAUCUGCAGCUGUACGUUUGGCUUCUGUCGCAUCAGGAGGGAACUCUGCACUCUGGCCCUUUUAGAGUCGUCGUUUCUCCGAUAUUUGUAAAAUGUCGCUGAAACGGUUGCUGCCACUAUAUGUUCCCUGAUUAAAGAAUGCUUCAUUUUGAACUCCCUGAAAAUGUUUUUUGUAAGAAAAAAAAAGUUGAUUAAAAUGAUUUUGCUCAUUG